AUGAUUGCGACGGCACUGGGUGUCGCUUCCGCGUCCAUGCGCGGAGGGCAGGCGAAAGGGGAGGUGGAAGGGGAGGCGCAGAACCAGGCGGAGGGGGAGGGGAAAGGUGGAGAGGGGCGAGAAGCGAGGGUUGGCGGAAAGAGCAGCGGUGAUGCAGAGGCUAGGGGAGAUGCUACUAGCGGGUAUGGUUACUCCAGUGAGUCAGAUGGUGAGAGAGACAACAUUGCUGGACGUGAUGGGGGUGGCUCUGCGCUGCUGCGGGUGAUUUCACUGGAGAGCGAGGGGGCGCUGGUGGUGGCUCUUACACGAGACUCCUUCCUGCUCGGCCUGCUCGUGCUGCACCGUGAAUUGCAACCGCUGCCACCCUCAGCUGCAGCAGCAGGUACUGCUACUGACCGAGCCGCAUUGUCAUUGUACAAUGUACCGUUGCUUGCCAUUGCUUCCUUCCCGUGUGCCAAACCAGUGACUGAGGAGGAAGAGCAACGCCAGGAAGCUAGUGGCAGUGGCACAAGGCGAGAAGAGCCAGAAGGGGACCGAGGGGAGGGCUUUGGAGGAGCACGAAGGUCAGAUGGAGGGGAAGGAGGAGGCGGAGGAGGGGGAGGAGGGAGAGGAGGAAGGUCGGAAAGAGUAGUGGGAGCAGUGGGUAGACUGCAGCAGUGGGUGCUGAGACGACCAGAGAGGAGGGGAGAGGGUGAGAGAGGGAGAGGGGGAGUGCGGGAGGAGGAAGCAGAGAGUGUGGAAGGCAAAGGGAAGGCUGGGAGCGAGGGUGGAACACGGCAGGGGCAAGGAGAGGGAACGAGGGAGCAGAGGAGUGGGGAGGUGGGUGGGGAGGGAAAGGGAGGGCAGACGAACGGAGGGCAGACAAAUGGAGGGCAGGCGAACGGAGGGCAGGCGAACGGAGGGCAGGCGAACGGAGGGCAGGAAAGAGGAGCGCAAGUGGAGUGGGUGCAGUUGAAGCCGUACGAGGAGGAGGAGCAGCGAGCAGCAGUGGGCGUGGCUCGCUCCCUUGCUUUCGCAUACGUCAUGGAACAGGUGGAGUGGGUGCAGCUGAAGCCAUACGAGGAGGAGGAGCAGCGCGCAGCAGUAGGCGUGGCUCGCUCCCUUGCUUUUGCAUACGUCAUGGAACAGAGGGCAUGGAUGAUGCAGCAGUCGCUGAGGCAGCGCACAGUCACCAUCGACUCGCUUCUAGACCAGAUGCGCGCCCCCCUCUCCGCUCUGCGCACGCUGGGGCGAAUGCUCAUGCCGCAAGUGGCAAAGACAGAGUUGGGUCCCGACCUGGUGCAAGGCAUGGUGUCUCAGGGCGACGAGAUAGGUGACGUGCUGUCGCAGCUGCAGCAGGCGCUCUACCCCCUGCCUCACCCCCCGGGUGCAGCAGUCACUGCAGCAGCAGCAGCAACAGAGGGGCCUGUGGGGCGAGGAGUUGCACAAUCCUUUCCCAGCACCACCAGCAGCACUGCUACCACCGCCACUACCAUCCCACACCAAUCUAUCCUGCCACCUCCCUAUCCUCACCGCACACAACUCCUCCUCCCCCCUUUGGCUGACACUGAGCUCCCCAUGCCGCCCCUCCUUCUGCCCGCCCCCCCUGCUGUCCCCCCUGCUGCCACUCCUGCUGCCAAUCCACAAGCCUUGGGGGCGCUGUCUGAUCCCUUGGCGCCGCCUCAAGAGGCUCGUCUGCAGCCCUUCAGCAGUGUUCAUCCGGUGCUGCUGCCUCUGGUAGACGCCGCUGCAUCCCUCGCCACUGGCUGUGACUUCCGUUUCACUGUCGCCCAUGUGUCUUGA